AUGGGGGAGGAUUCGUCUGUCGCGGGGGCCGGCCGAGCGGGGGGGGGGGGCGCGCGGUGUGAGGCUGUUCCAUACAGCCUCCACCACACCAACCCCCCGUGUGUGGUUGUGGCCCUCCCGCCCCAGCCCCCACCCCAGCCCCUCCGCCGGGGUGGGGGUGGGGUGGGGGAUGGUAGUGGGGUGGUUUUGUAUGGAGGGGGUGUAUUUAUGUGGAUGGGCUGGGGGGGGUUAAGGUUUGGGCGGUGCUUGUUUGUUUUUUGUCGCAGUUGGUGCUCUAGGUGGGGGGUGUGGGUGGAGGGGUGGGGGGGGGGUGUGUGUAUGUAG